AUGGCAGACAAUGCUACUGAUUACCACAUUUCGUCAUUCUUCCUAGUUGGUAUUCCUGGGUUGCAAGAGUUUCACUGUUGGUUUGGCAUCCCUGUCUGCCUCCUGUUUUCCUUGACCCUGCUGGGAAAUGGCGUUAUCAUUGUUACUGUCAGGCUAGAACCAAGCCUCCAUCAGCCUAUGUACUUUUUCCUUUGCAUGCUGGCAGUGAAUGACAUGGGUCUUGCCACUUCCACAGCCCUCAAGAUGCUUGGCAUCUUCUGGUUUGAUGCACACUGGAUUAACUUCAACAUCUGCCUAACACAAAUGUAUUCUAUCCACACACUUUGCAUUUUGGAGUCAGCCCUCCUAGUUGCCAUGGCCUUUGAUCGCUAUGUAGCUAUUUGUAUCCCACUGCAUUAUACAACCAUCCUGACAACAUCAGUGGUGAUUAAAAUGGGUGUAGUUGGUAUGAUCCGAGCUCUACUUAUGGUUUUACCAUGCCCUCUUCUCAUUAAUAGGCUGCCAUACUAUACAAAAUAUGUCAUCAAUCAUGCCUAUUGUGAGCACAUGGCUGUGGUGAAAUUGGCCAGUGCUAACACCUUCAUUAACAGAGCGUAUGGAAUCUCAGUGGCGCUUUCAGUAAUGACAUUGGACCUAGGGCUCAUAGCCACAUCCUAUAUAAAGAUCCUUCAAGCUGUCUUCCGCCUUUCUUCCCAGAAUGCCCGCUCCAAAGCAAUGAGCACCUGUGUUUGUCACUUGUGUACUAUUCUAGUUUCUUACACACCUGCACUGUUUAGCUUCCUAACUCACCGCAUUGGCAAGAAGGUACCUCCAAGUGUCCACAUAAUCUUUGCAAGUGUGUACCUCCUAGUGCCCCCACAGUUAAUCCACUUGUGUAUGGUGUUAAAACCAAGCAGAUUCGUGAUCGAGUAG